CCUCCUGCCCAAUACACAAGGAAAAAAAAAAAUCACUUGAAUCAAAUAGAAGAAUGCCCAAUGGGCGAGCAGGCUGUCCUGUUUGACCUCAGGUGGUGUGCGCGCAGGCUCUGGCAGCUGCGUAAUUGGUCAGUACUGAGGCUGGCCCGGCUGCCUGUGACAGUGCAACAUCAGCAGUCUGAGCCCCCUCCUCUCCCUCUCCUCCUCUGGCUCUCCACCCUCCCCCUCGCUCUGCCUCCCUGGCCCGGCACAGACAGAUGGGAACGUCUUUCCACUCCACCGGGCUCCCUAUUGCCCAGUCACGCAGCUCCCACCGGCCGCCUGGCCGCCUGGCCGCAAGUCACACAAACAAGCCUUUCCCACCAUGCACCUGGUACUCUGUGCAGCAGACCCACGGGCGCGCGCGCACACACACACACACACACACACACACACACGAACGCACAUCCUGCCGGAGGUGUAGGGCUCUGGUUUCAGUCAGGCUGCAGGCGGCCAGCGCAGCUGCUCGGUUUGAGUUUCUUGUUUGCAUGCUGGAGCUGCCGGGCGCUUUGACAUCGCUGAUAUCAGCAUCUGAGGUGGGUGGAACAAAGCCGAGGAUGAAUUAAAUAAUGAGGCCGGGCGGAGAAGCGGGGAAAGCAGGGUUUUUUCCUCACAUUGCUAACCUCAUGGUGGAGCGGGAAGGCUGCGUUCGGCGGCGCAGAUCAUGGACCCUCUUUUAGCUAAACGGCACUGAAAGCUUGUGCGAAGUUUCUGCCACAGAAAUCCAGGAUGGAGAUAUUUGAAAAGUAGGAUUCUGAGUGGGUCUGUGUGCACGCAGGGAUUGAGGUUUUGGCUGGCUGAAACAGACUGGGCUAAAUCCGCCCUUUUGCGUGAGCGCAGGGGAAACACAGGAAGAGAUAGACAUCGGCGCUCUCCUAACAGCGGAAGUUGGACUGGAUACUCAAGCUGGCAGCCAUGACGGAGGCCAAGGCCUCCUCGACGAGCCUCACCUGGGCGCAGGUGUGUAAGGAGUGUGGGCAGGGCCACGGCGGCCAGGAGAACCACCUGUACGAGUACCAGGACGAGGUGGACGAUGAGCUCGUCUGCCACAUAUGCCUUCAGCCCCUGCUGCGGCCCAUGGACACACCCUGCGGCCACACCUACUGCUUCCAGUGCCUGAGCAGCUUCCUGCGAGAGCAGGACUUCUGCCCCGUGGACCGGCAGAGGCUGCAGCUCCACCAGUGCCGAGCCUCCAGCCUGCUGGUCAGGAACCUGCUGGACAAGCUGACCGUGCUCUGCCCCUACCACAGCGAGUGCCAGCAGCAGAUGCAGCGCUGCGAGCUGCAGCCGCACCUGCACAACAGAUGCUCUGCAUUCAGAAGGAUGAGGGAGGAGGCAGAGAGGAGGAAGAGGCCCUCCUGGAAUGAGCUGAAGGGGGGCAGGUCCGAGGGGGAGCCUGGGUCCGACUCCAAACUCGGCCCGACGCUGUCGCGCACGGCCACUCCCCGCGGCGCGGCGGACCCGGGAUUGGUCAACCCCGCCUUUGAGGAGAGCGAGGACGAAGCCCCUCUGCGGUGCAGCCUGGUGGCGGAGGCUAACGUGGUGGAGAUCUUCCGGGAGGAUCCGGAGGACGAGCUGGGCGUGCGCAUUGUGGGCGGGAAAGACACACCCCUGGGUAACAUCGUCAUCCAGGAGAUACUCCGUGACUCGCUGGCGGCACGAGAUGGCAAGCUGGCGCCCGGAGACCACAUCCUGGAGGUGAAUGACGUCAGCGUGGCCUGCGUCCCUCACAGACGCGCCAUCGCGGUCCUGCGCAGACCCUGCUCCAUGACGCGGCUCACCGUCAUGCAGGAGAAGGGCUUCUCCACCCGGAACCCCCGCCCCGAGCACCACUCGCCCCCCACCGCCCCCAACAGCAGCAGCACCACCACCACCACCAUCACUUCCCCUCCCCCCCACUGCCCCGCCCCCAGCGCCAGCACCGUCAUCCAGGUGACGCUGGUGAAGAGGGAGCGCACCGAGCCGCUGGGCAUCAAGCUGAUCCGCAAGUCCGAGGAGCCCGGCGUCUUCAUCCUGGACCUGCUGGCCGGGGGCGUGGCCGCCAAGGACGGCAAGCUGCGCAACAGCGACAAGGUACUGGCCAUCAACGGGCACGACCUGCGGCACGGCACGCCGGAGAGCGCCGCCCAGAUCAUACAGGCCAGCGAGGUGCGGGUGAACUUCGUGGUGAUGAGGCAGGCGGAGCCGCCCGAGGAGGGGGGCACGAGCGGAGAGGGGCAGGGUAGAGGGGCCAGAAGAGCCCCCGAGCUGCAGUAUUUCAGGCGGCGCUCCACCUACGUGAAGGAACCUCCAGGCGGAUUCUCCAGCCAGGAGAAGACGGUGAGUCUGAAGAAGGAGCCACGCCUCUCUCUGGGCAUCACCAUUGCGGGCGGGCGGGACUGUCGCAGCCGGGUGCCCGUCUACAUCACCAGCGUCCAGCCUGUGGGCUGCCUGCACCGCGACGGCACCAUUAAAACAGGCGACGUGCUGCUGAGCAUCAACGGCGUGGACCUGACGCAGCUGACGUACAGCGAGGCGGUGUCGGUGCUGAAGGCGCAGGCCGCCCAGUCCGCCGUGGUGCUGCGCGUGGUGCAGACCCUCACCGAGGGGGAGGAGGAGGACGAGGGGGAGGCGGGCAACAAGGAGGAGCUGGAGACGCUCGACAACCCCAGGGAGGACGACAUCAACUGGACCCCGCUGUGGACCCGCUGGCUGGGCCUGCCCAGUCACAUGCACUGGUGCAGAGACAUCGUCCUGCAGAAGACCAACAAUGAGAGCUGGGGGUUCAGCAUCGUCGGGGGCUACGAGGAGAGCCACGGCCAGCAGCCCUUCUUCAUCAAGACCAUUGUGCCCGGGACGCCGGCCCACUUCGACGGCCGCCUCAAGUGUGGUGAUGAGAUUGUGGCGGUGAAUGGCGCCACCACCGUGGGCAUGAACAACUCGUCCCUUAUCCCAUUGCUAAAGCUGCAGAAGAACAAAGUCACACUGACUGUGGUGUCCUGGCCUGGAAGCCUGGUGUAGCGGCCCCUGGUCUCCCCUACCUGCCAGGUGUGACCAGGUGUGACACCUCAAACCCCCCACCCCCCCCCAUCACCGCUGAGCCUCUGUUACAACAGCACUCUGUACAACAGUACACUAAGCUUCAUUUACGGACGACACUCUGAGACAGAAAGAAAGUCCCAAAUUGUUACGCUGGGCCCAACCGCAGGAAUGUACUUUGUUAAAGUAUUUUAUUUUAUUUUAUUUUAUUUUAUUUUACAGACCUCCCCUUAUUUCAAGUUGACAGCUUAUUUGCACUUUGCCCUGCCACAUUUGCUAGACGGGCUUGCCGGUUACAUCUGUGGAUGGCUGAGUUAAACAGUUCCAUACAGGGCAUACACAUUCCUCCCUUCAACAUGGUUCCUUGCGUGAGAGGGAGGGAGAGCAUGGUCAAAGAGCAGUGGGGAAUAUGUGACUGUAGACUAAUAUAAAUCAAUGUUGAAGAUUGGCAUUUUUGUCUCAAAAAUGCCUUCAGGUAAACUGGAGGGAGAGGAGUUUGAACCUUUUUGGACACACUGACAUUUCAUUGAUGGCAUACUUGUUGUACAUGUUGUGGUUGGAAGGCUGUGUGUGUGUGUGUGUGUGUGUGUGUGUGUGUGUGUGUGCGCACACGUGAGUAUGUAUACUUGUGAGUAAGUAUGUCUGUGCCCCACGGCAUGUAAGUGUGUGUGUGUGUGUGUGUGUGUGUAGCAGUUAAUAAAUCUUAUUGAUGAUAACUUAGCAAAAUCAUCGCUGUAGCUCUACACAAUGCUAAAGAUGAGUGCUCAGCUCCACCACUUAAGUCUCUGACGAUUUUGUAACUGUUCAAAGCCUAUAGUACUUUGUGUUUAUAAAUUUUUGUUUUGUUGAAGCAAUGAACCCCAUGCAUUUAUUUUAAAAGUCUUGACAAUUGUUUGGACACCGAUAUUAAGCAUUGUACUCGCACAAUGGUGAUAUAUAUAUAUAUAUAGUAGUACAACUUUUAGAUGUUUAUUUCUAGUGUUAUUAUUUAGUGAACCUAGUCAAUUCAUAUGAAAAUCUGAAAACUGCAGACUAUGAUGGUAGUUUAAAAUAGUCCAUUAUAUCAUAAAGUAUGAAUGAAGUAUAACUAUGUAAUGUGAUUUUGGAGAAGUGAGAUGAUUAAAUUUGACACAAAACUUUAAAUUCCUUUGCGUGAGAACAUACCAAAGUCUCAUAAUGAAGUAACUGGCUUCGCCUACUCAUCUUUAACUGAUUUGUUGUGACAAUCUUAUUUACUGGGGAUACUUAAUUUUAUUUCCUGUGUAUGCAAGAACAUUGUAGUCCUAUAUUUUUUGUCUCCUUUGAUUGUUCACAAGUGUACUGUUCAUGCGCUGUAAUGUAAUUGUAUGGGCUACCUAACUUUCUGUGCAAUGUAUAAUUCUUGAAUGUCUUUCAAUUCAUUUGGGUGCCUUGUUUCUACAGAAAGACAAAUCAGUUGAUCAGCUGCCUUAAGUAUCACAAAACCAAAAAUGUUGCUCUGGUCCCCAGCUGAGAGUGGAGCAACGUGCUGUUGAAGUAUCAUCUUGUUGAGUUUUCACAGGGAGAGCCUGACUGCAGUUGCUAAUCUCCAUGCUUGUAUUCUUUCACUGUUCACAGAUUUUCCCAUGAUCGUGAUAACAACUUUAAAAGAACGUGGAGCAAUUUUCGAUUAAGUAUUACUGCUACUGAUGUUUCAAUACUGAGUUGGUUCAAAUGAAUGCUGUAAACAACAUAUUCUGUAUUGUAGCUCAAAUAUUGGAAAUGGGGAUAAUAUCCAUAUCAUUGCUUCGGCAAUCUGUCUCUCCUCAUUGCUGUAGAUACUGUAAGUUUGUAUGAUUUUUAAAUAGAAGGCACUAUUUCAGCCUACAGACCUUUGCAGCCAUAAGGAGCUUUUGUGCUGUUGUAUCAUUAAAAAUGUCUCAUUAAACAAAAUAAGU